AUGAUGAAAGGACAGAAGCACAUACAAUCGUUCCUCGUCAUGUAUGUAGUGACUUUAUUGACAUUACAUACAUCAAAAGGACAACGCAUGACAGAGGAGACCUGCACUGUUCAGCUUCUUGUCCCUGGCCUCAAAGGAGAACCGGGGGAGAAAGCACCAAAGGGAGCCCCAGGGAGACCAGGCAGAGUGGGCCCACCGGGGAAAAUUGGUCAACCUGGGCUAAAAGGACAAAAAGGCAUUAUGGGACAUCAUGGAAAAGUGGGACCAAGUGGAAUGAAAGGCAUAAAGGGAGACAUGGGGGAUCCAGGACCAAGAGGCCCAGAUGGAGAGCCAGGUAUCCCUUGUGAGUGCACACCAAUAAGAAAGAUGAUUGGCGAAAUGGACAUCAUUGUGGCUCAGCUAUCUUCUGAACUGAAGUUCAUCAAGAAUGCUGUCGCUGGCAUAAAAGAGACAGACAGUAAGGUGUAUCUGCUGGUGAAGGAGGAGAAACGCUACUCCGAUGCCGAGCGCUACUGCCAAGUGAGGGGAGGGCACCUGGCCAUGCCCAAGGAUGAGGGUGCCAACACGGCCUUGGCGGGCUACAUUAAGGCUGCGGGUCUAAGCAGAGUCUACAUUGGCAUUCACGAUCUGGACGUGGAAGGAGUGUUCACCUACGUGGACCGCUCUCCUAUGUCCACCUUCAGCAAAUGGAGAAAAGGGGAGCCCAAUAAUGCUUACGACGAUGAGGACUGUGCUGAGAUGGUGGCCUCUGGAGAGUGGACCGAUGUUGCGUGCCAUCCAACAAUGUAUUUUGUAUGUGAAUUUGACAAGGACACUGUCUGA